UUUGGGUAUCGCCAUCACGCGGAACUGAUCCCUCGAAGCAUGUAUGUACUAGUACCGGUAGAUCGCUAAGCUACGGUAUCUGGCAAGUUAGCAUUGCAAACACCAUUCGUCCCCACGAGGCAACCGCAACCAACUAAUAAGUCCAUCAACCACUACGGAAAGCCUCUUGUUCCGAGUGAUCAUAGCAUACAAGCAGGAGUAUCCAUGGCCGGGUAACAAAGACGCCGCUUCUCUCGACUCGACAGCACAGCACAGACAGAUAUCCUACACGACAAUCUCCAACAUCUUCAAAAUUUCUUCCAUAUAAAACUCAAGAUGUCUGCUACGAUUUCCACUCUUCAAUCGGAAUCUGACUUUCCGGUAGAAAUGAGUACUCGUUCCUCCUCCGACUUGCCAACGAGCACACCGAGUUAUACUCGUGCCAGCAGCAGUACGCAGAGGUCGAGUUCGAUUCGUAUUAAUACUCGAAGUAGCUCGACGCAGUAUUCCGAUCACAAUUAUACCAAAGAUAAAUACGGGGAAAGCUUAACGGAAGAUGAUCAGGUCGAAAUCGAGGUCCUCGAGGCUCUGAACGAAGAAGAGGGCGAAGAGGACACGACCGUCCUUAAAAUCGAGCAAGACGAUGACGAAGACGACAACGACAUUCCGGAACAAACGACCGACGAUCUCGAAGAAACAGUGUCGGAACUACGCGAUGACGAUGAUGACGAUGAUGACAAAGUGCCAGCCGCUCGCAAACGAUCGCUUCUCGACAAUUCGUCUCCUACCAGCGUCUUCUCCGGCGACAGCGAGGUACCCUAUGACGAGAAGGCCGAUUUGUCCAGGAUUCAAUUCGUUAGUUCCAGUGCCAACAGUAGUAGCAGUAGCUCGAGCGGCAGCAAUGGCAGUUCCAGUUCCGGCAGCAGUGGCAGUUCGACCAGUAGCACUAGCAGCGGAACGCAAAAGAAUCGUCUCUGGAAUUUUUUUCGACGCGACAAGAACGCAUCAUCUUCGAAGAAGAAGGGAUACACCAACUACCGCAAUCGACACGCCAAACUCGAGGAGUACGGCGAUUCCAGUGAGGCGGUCCCAUCACGAACGUUCGAAUCGGCAUCCACCGAUCUUUCCAGAACCUCCAAGUCCAAGCGAAGCAACAAACGCUUCCUGUGUUGUUGCUGUCAAUAUUGGACAUGGUUCACGGAAGACGUUCUCCAUGCGGCCAUUCGACGCAUGGUUGUCUCGCUCAGUACCAGCGCCGCUCGGAAUCCUUUCCGAUGGAUUGGUGGCUUGACAUUUGUCUCGUUGGCCGUGUUGGCUACGGGAUUCUUUACCAACUUUCAAUUGAUUGUCGAUAGCGAUGAAAUCUUUACACCCAUCAAUUCGCUGCCGACCAAACAUUCCGAUUGGUUGGUCCACGACAGCGGCUUUCAGACAAUCCGACCUGUUUUGAUGGUUAUUCACAAUCAUGGUUCCAAUGUCUUGGGCAAGGAACCAAUCACAAAACUCUUUGAAGCCAUCGAUGUUGUUCGCAACACGCCUGGAUACGACGACAUUUGCAGUCAUGGGACCUACAUGACGCACGAUGGCAUUAACACAUGUCGCAUCUUCAGUGCCACACGCUUUUGGAAUCACAACAAGACGCUCUUUGACCUUGAGGUCCAAACGGACGAGAAUGUCACGGACAUUAUGAGCGCUUCCACCUAUCAAGAUGGUAGCACACCUGUCUUUCAUGAAAUGAUAUUGGGAAACUACGAAAUGAGCAAUACGAGUUUGGUCUUUUCGUCGGACACGGGGUCGUUCGCCACAGUCAAUCAUUCCCAGCGGCUGCACUUUGUACAGUCUUAUGUUGUUCGCAUGGAACUGCCCGAUGCGGGAGAAGAAGCGGAUGAUUUUGAGACACGUGCCUUGCAAAACUUGAAGCUCUUGAAAGAAUCAUGGGAGGAGGACGAAACCAACCAGCUCCAGCUGGACUUUCUCAGCAUCUAUGCAUACAAGAUUGAGAAUCAACGUGCCAUGAUUCGUGAUUUGCCUCUCGUGACGGGAAUCUUUCUCGUGCUGGUCAUCUUUACAACUCUCGUUUUUUCCAAACGACACCCCGUCUACAGUCGUGGUAUGCUUGGAUGCGGUUCCCUCCUGGCCAUUGGCAUGUCGUUGGCCAUGUCCUAUGGGAUUGUUUGGUGCAUUGGUGUCCCAUUUACCAACAUCGCACAAAUUUUGCCCUUUAUGAUCAUGGGAGUGGGCUUGGAUGACACAUUUAUCAUAACGGGGUCUUACUUUCGAACAAAUCCCAAUCACAGUGUCGAACGGCGCAUUGAGACGACCAUGAAUGAAGUGGGCACUUCCAUUACUCUUACCUCGAUCACGACCUCCGUGGCGUUCAUUCUGGGAAGCUUCAGCUCCAUCCCAGGAGUCAAAUGGCUCUGUUGGUACGCUUUUUCAGCCAUUGUGGUGGAUUACUUUUUCCAAUUGACCUACUUCGUGGCGAUCCUGUCGCUGGAUGAACGACGCUUACAAGCCUAUCGGCGCAACUGGUGCUGUUGGCGAACAGUACCUGUGGAUAUCGAUGAUUGCGAAUCUCAAAUGGGGGUUAUCAUCAGUUCCAGUGUGGACAGCAGUAGUAGCAGAAGCAGCAGCCGCGGUCGUGGUCGUCGUAACAAUGAUGACGAAGAAGAAACCUUCCAAGACGAAAGCCGCUACGCGUCAGGGCUCUCGAGAUCCUAUGAAACAGGCAAGCAUUCGCACUUUUCCGAGCGGUUCAUGGUUUGGUAUGGGAACCAGCUGAUGCGUCCAUGGGUGAAACUACUGGUGAUCUUGGUCUUUGCAACCUACUUUGGGUUUUGUGGAUAUCGUGCUACUUUGUUGAAGCAAGAGUUCAAUGUAGAAGACUACACGCCUGCGGAUUCAUACCUUCGAGGGACGCUCUAUUCAUUGGAUCAAUACUACUCUUUGACCAAACCACUCGAAGUCUAUUUUCGAGACGUCGACCAAUCGGAUCCUGAGAUGCAACAGCAGAUGCGAGACUACGUGGAUGAACUGGCUGCUCUCCCGCAGAUUGGGGAAGAAGCGCCGUUCUGCUGGGUCCGCGACUUUGAUCAGAUUGCGGAACGAUUUCCUCAAUACGCCUUUAUCGAGGAAAUGGAUCUUCCGUUCAACCAGAAAAUGAGUCUGGCUCUGUCCAACCCAACUAUUCGCGAGAUCUACGGAGAAGAUAUUGUCGUGGACGAAGAGACGGGCGAUAUCAUUGCAUCGAGAUGUUUGCUAUUCUUGCGAAACUUGGACUUGACAAUUGUCAAGGAUCAGAUUGCGAUGCUCAAGGGUCAGCGGCAGGUUAGUCGGGAGCAACCCAUCAACUCUGGUCUGGAAGACUUGAAAUUCUUCAGUUUUGACCCGAUUUUCUUCUAUUGGGAACUCUACGCCGAAGCCGUCGAUGAACUCUUGUUUACUAUUGUAUCAGGUGUAAUUGCUGUAACGUUCGUGAGCUUUGUUUUGAUCCCACAUUGGUCGGCCAUCUUCUUCGUCUGCCCUGGUAUCAUCGUCCUUUACGUCAACUUUUUGGGCACGAUGCAGCUUAUGGGUCUAGACAUCAAUAGUCUGACGUAUGUCAUCAUUUGCAUGGCAAUCGGCCUUUUGGUGGAUUUUCUGGUCCACAUUUUGCUUAGAUACUACGAAACAGAUGGAGACACUCGAGAGGACAAAGUCAAGGAUACGCUUCGAACGAUGGGUGCCAGCAUGUUUGUGGGAGGGCUGACGACGUUUCUCGGCGUAUGCCCUCUUGUCUUGAGCACAACACACAUUUUCAUGACAGUAUUUUGGGCUUUUCUAGCAAUGGUUGUGCUUGGAUUCACUCACGGAUUGAUCCUGUUGCCGGUUGUCUUGUCUUUGAUGGGUCCUUUGUCGUCCUGCCAUCGAAACGACGCCUCAAGACGGGACAUUCCUGGAAAGAAGAAGGGCAGCUCCUCUUCUGCCCUUUCAUCGACAUCUUCUUCCACGUCAUCCGCUGCUUACAAGUACGACGAUGAAAUACUCGCGUCGUCAUCCGAGGAAGAACUGGAAGAGUUGACCGCGGAAGAAAAAGAGGAGCUCGAAAAGGUGGCAACACAAGUGCGGACUGUGCCGUUCUUGGGCCCCUCCUAUGAACUGGAGAUGAUUGAAGAAGGCCCCGGGAGUCGUCCGACGAGCACUUCGAGCGCCAAAAGUGGCAAAAGUCUCCGUUCCAUUGUGGAGGCCCCUUCGGACGAGAUUGCCCUUGCUUCCCCACGUGCAGUGUCGGCGGCUGCGAAAGCCGCCGUUUCAGCUAGUCUCCUGGGGAAGUUGGCUGAUGCAUACAACUGUACCUUUGAGCUGGGCGAGUUUGACUUUUAUGAGACGGUGACAAACAAGGCAUGCAAGCCCCGCCAGCAAUCCUCCAGGACGCCGAAUCCUCCUACCAGUCCGGUCGCGACUGGUCGUGCAAAGAAAGUUGAGUUUUCCGAGUAAGAAAAAGGCAACCAUGCAGUUCAUUCAUGAUCCGCAGAGUGUCGCUUCCGGCUUGGUGGUCCUAGGCGAAGCAAAGGGGCGGAUCAGACCGCCAAUUCAUUAAACCGGCUCCCUCCAAUUCAUUUUCACUUCAAUAUGCAUAAUAUCUUCUAAAGGCAUACAUUUCAAUUUGUAUUUGUGUAUGCUAUGAGCACUGCA